AACAGGGUUGCCUAACUCAUGCUUCGAUAAGUUAUCGUAGUAUUUUUGUAGUAACUGGCCACACACUUGCAUUAUUCCCAAAAAGAAGCGACUAUUUUAUUGUUAAUUUGAACAGAAUGUAAAUAGUGCAGAAUAGUGCGAAAAGCAUAUUUAAGUUUAAGCUCGUUAAUCAGUAUUUCGCGUCUCCUGUUUUUGUAUUCCGUUUUUGUCCCUGCUUUUGUUGUGUUGUGUGUCGUGUUUUGUGUGUCAGCAUAUGUGUGUGGGUGUGUAGGAGGAGAGCACCUUACCUUCUUCUCGAAAUAACAUUUGAAAAACUGAAAACUUCACCUGUUUUCGGUCGACAGCGUAGAUGUCAACGAGGGAAUAAAUAAAAGAAGCAUCGUAAAGUACUGGGUAAAUGGAACUGGAAGCUCCCAGAUAGAUAUCUCCACCCGAUACCAGUAGAAAGAGCGGUGGCGACACCUUAAAAAGCAAAACAACGGAUUGGAUCGAAACGAUCGAAGCGAACGGACGACGCUGCUGUGGGGAGAAUGUCAAACCAGGCCCAGAUCGACUACGACAAGCAGUUCCAGGAUGACUUGGCCAAGGCGACGGCGCUGAGUUUGGAGCAGCAGGCCCUCGACGACUACCGACGUCACAAGAAGUACGGAACUGGCUACCGCCCGAGCAGUUCAACGGCUACUCCUGCGGCUGCAUCGGCCCGAGAGUACCAUGUGGCCCAGCGUAGCCAGAGCGUCAAUCAGGGACGCCGGCACUCGGAGGUCCAUCCCACUCUGGCAGCGCCGGUCAGCUUGGAACGAUCGCGAACACCACCGGCCCAGGGGACGGACAAUGACCUGAUCUGCUUCGCCAGUCCCACCAGCAAGCAGCCGGAAAACGACAGUCCCUUUGGGCGACUCAUCGAGGAUCUGCAGCGAAUUCAAACGACCAAUCCGCAGUCGGCAAUGGUGCCCGUGGGUCCGGUGGCAGCUGCCUCAGUUCCCGCCCCAUAUGGAUUUGUACCGCCAUCGCCCCACGUCCAGCCGCCUCCCUACGGAAUGGUCGGCGCACCGGCUGGGGGAAUGCAGCUGGUGCCCUACCAGGCACCUGGCGCCCAACAGCAGAGGCCCCUGAACAACGAGGAGCUGCAACGCCUGUACAGUUUGCCAGCUCAGAUGGCGCAGAUGCAGGUGGUGCCGGUGGCCCAGCCCAACACUAUUUAUUACUAUCCGGGAGCUGUCGUUACGCCUCCAGUAGUACCCGGAUCGGCGGCCUACAUGCCGCCACAAUAUCCUGCCCAGUCGUACAGAUACGGAGGGGGCUUCACGCAUAUGGACUUGUCCCAGCCGCGUCCGUCCCCAGCUCCGUCUGUUAGCAGUCAGCCGUCCAGUCAUGUCGCUCCACCCCAGAAUUCCCAGAAUCCAGCCAACGGAGUGGCCCUCAAGGCACGUCGCCAAGUACCCUCGACUGCCAGUAUUAGCUCCAGCUCCAAUGGCCAACGGAGUGGCAGCGAUUUAAUCGACCUAAACCAGGAUGAAUACUCCCGAGUGAGUGUUUUGGAGGCAUUCGAUCCGUUGCUAAAUGAGAAUACCGGAAACGACAGCGCCUCCGACUGCACUUCCUACUACGCGGAAUACGACCCCUUCGACUUCCUCUACAGCGGCGAUGCUGGAACCCAAUACUCGGAUCCCAUGUACGAGGCGGUCAACAGGUGGGACAAAUCUGCAGCCACCGUGAGUCCAAAUGUGAACGUUAUUGGCUGGCGCCAGGACUUCCUCAGCCAGCCGUCCACGUCGUCGGCCGCAUAUCAGACGGAUAAUGUUGCCCAGCCGUUGGAAGAGGAACUGCGUCUGUCGGAGAAUGGAUCUGGGAGUAUGUCGCCCCCGCCACCGCUGCCGCCAAGGAAUCAGCACUCCCUCGAGUAUCCCGGAGUCCCCUCGAAACCUAACCAGUCCACCCCAUUCACGGACAGCUAUACGUCGAGCAUUCCGGCCCAUGUGGUGCUGGAUCGACGGAAAACAUGCACUCGUCUCUACGAAGUGAUCAGUGAACAGCGCAGCGAUGACCCCGAACUACUGGAGUUCUACCACAUGGUCAAGCAGCUGAGGGCUCGCUAUCCGCACGACGAUGCUCCCACCAAUGUGGGCCAUGUGGUGGCCACGGAGUUCGACUACCACUACAUGAUGAACACUAGCAUUAAGGUGAUUGUGCAUCCAGCACUGAACACUCUGCAGCCACAUGCCCUGUCCGCCUCAAUGGCCAAAGAACAGGUGAAGGGAUACGGGAUGCCAGUCACCUUUACCUGCGACAUUGACUCCGUGGUGGCUCAGGUGGUGGCCCAGGCAUUGGCCUCUUUGGAGGGUCAGGUUAGGGGCACUGUCACGGAUUAUGCAGUCAAGCCCAUCGGCCUCCUGGAGUGGCUGGCUCCCACCUCGAAGCUAAGCCAGCUGGAGUGCGUCCACAACAGCUUCCAGUUGGAAAAGGAUGUGCACCUGGGCCUCUGUCUGAGCACGACGGCCAACAUGCAGGCCAUAGCUCGAACGGAACGCGAUGACGAGCACGACGCGGAUCUUCUCCCAGAGCAGCUACUCCCUAACGAAGUGGUCCAGACCAUAACCUACGACAGCAUGAUGAUCCUCAUUGAAACUCUAGAGACGGAGAUCGACAAAUUGGAGUCGGCAGCCGACGGAGCACCCAGUCGAAGCGUCCUUAGUUGCUCGGGAGUGGUGCAGGCCGUAAAGGCUAUUUGCGCCCUGCUCGGCUCCAUCGAUACUCUGGACAUAGCCCGUUGCGUGGCCGAUUUGAAACGCAUCUGUGAGGAAGCUCAGACCAAGUACUUGGCGGGGGCUAGCAAUCCGGAGAUUGUCAGCGAUUAUGGGGACUACGCACAGGUCACAUUGCGGCCUAGAUCCCUCCUAGAACAGAUUAAGGUUAAGUGCAAUGGAUUACGCGAUGCCGUGCAGGAGCUGGUGGAGUUGUACGCCAAUGUUUUCCGAGUGGCCUUCUCCGUAAAGACACCUGACUAUUCCACGACUCCCAUUCCCAUCUCCUGCGUGUCUAAGCCCAUAGUGGUUAGUAUCAACUGCCUCCACAGGCCGCCACCCAACUGGAAGUACGAGGAUUACUCGCUUUGCGUUCAGCUUGUUUACGGAACUCGCCUCCUGUCCAAACCCCAUGUCUUGAGCUGCUCUAACGAUACCAGUGGCGGUCUUUUCCCUCGUCUCAACUUCAGUGCGUGGCUCACUUUUGAGCAGCAUCCCAUUUGCACUCUGCCCCGGGAAGCCAGGCUCACGAUCGUCCUGUACGGAAAGCAGGCGGCCAGCGAAGGUGAACCGAAUACGGAUCAGAACGGUGAGAGGCGGCAGGUGACCACGGAGCUGGGCUGGUGCUCUAUUCAGCUCUUUGAUUUCAAGCGGGUCAUGAUUUGUGGGCCGUAUCUGUUGUCAGUGUGGCCUCCGACCACGGACAAAAUGCUGGGACCAGCUCCGGCCAGGGGCUGCCAUCCGCAUCCCGAUUAUUGUCCUGUUCUGAGCAUUGAAGUGCCGCCCUAUGGGGGUCGCAUUGAGUUCCCCGAGCAUCAGGAGAUACCAAAGCCAGCACCACACUAUGACUUCGCCUCGCUGGACGCUAAUCUGCAAGAGGAACUGCUUGAUACCGCCGAGCUGGGCUACUCUGGAGCCACGGACCGACGCGAGGUGUUCUGGGAGAAGCGGUUGUACCUUCAAAAGUACCCCAAUGCUCUGCCCAAGGUGCUGCAUGCCGCCCACAGCUGGGACUAUGCCAACUUGAUUGAUCUUCAUGCCCUGCUUCACUCGUGGGCCCCGCUGUCGCCGCUGCAGGCUCUGGAGCUGCUCUUGCCCCGCUACCCGGAUGCCAAGGUGCGCGAGAAGGCUGUCGAGUGGAUCUCCAAAAUGCCAAAUGACCAGCUGGUGGACUUCUUGCCCCAGCUAGUCCAGAGUCUGAAGCAUGACACCUAUGAGGGCUCUGCCAUGGCUCGGUUUUUGCUAGCCAAGUGCCUGGAGUCGCCGCGUUUCGCCCAUCACAUGUACUGGCUGCUGGUGCACAGUCUGCCCGACGAUCCGCACAACUCCAUUGGGGCGGCCAUGGUGGACCAGGAGUACGAUGAGUCCCAGGUGACCCAGGCCCGCUACUACCGCCGCAACAAAAUGAUGCUGCGCGCCCUAAUGGCCAUAUGCGGGGAGAAGAUGCUACAGCGCUUCAUGUACCAGCACCGCAUGUGUCAGAAGCUCACCAAAAUAGCCGAGUCCGUGAAGGAGGCCAAGGAGUCGAUGCGUCAAAAGUGUUUGGCUGCGGGCAUGGACGAGGUACACCAGGAUCUGCUGGAGAAGCCCACCUGCCUGCCACUGGGACCUGAGCUGGAGGUAACCGGAGUGAGUGUGCGCAACUGCAGCUACUUCAACUCCAACACGCUGCCGCUUAAAAUCAACUUUGUGGGACCUGAUGCCGAGUCGCUGCCAGCUAUCUUCAAGUGCGGUGAUGACCUGCAGCAGGAUCAGUUGACCAUUCAGCUGAUUCGCAUCAUGAACAAAAUGUGGCUUGCCGAGCGCCUGGACCUGAAAAUGGUCACCUUCAACUGUGUGCCCACGGGAUACAAGAGCGGCAUGAUAGAGCUCGUCAACGAGGCGGAAACUCUGCGAAAGAUCCAGGUGGAGUACGGGCUGACUGGUUCCUUCAAGGAUCGUCCCAUUGCUGAAUGGCUGGGAAAACAGAAUCCCAGUCCACUGGAGUACCAAAGUGCCGUGAGAAAUUUCACGCUAUCCUGCGCCGGCUACAGCGUAGCCACCUAUGUUCUGGGCAUUUGCGAUCGGCAUAAUGACAACAUUAUGCUCAAGACAUCGGGUCACCUGUUUCACAUUGAUUUUGGCAAGUUCCUGGGCGACGCUCAGAUGUUUGGCAACUUCAAGAGAGAUCGCACUCCGUUUGUCCUGACCUCCGACAUGGCCUAUGUUAUAAAUGGCGGCGACAAGCCCACCAUAGACUUCCACUACUUUGUGGACUACUGCUGUCGCGCUUUCAAUAUUGUGCGGAAGAAUGCCGAUCUGCUGCUGCACACCUUGGCGCACAUGGCCACCGCCGGCAUGCCCGGAGUGAACUCCAAUGCAGUGACCUAUGUCAGGCGCGCUCUGCUUCCAUCGCAGUCGAAUCCCGAAGCGGCAGCCACCUUUGCCAAGAUGAUUCAGUCGUCGCUGAAGAGCUGGUUCACCCAAUUCAACUUCUUCCUGCACAAUCUGGCCCAGAUUCGAUUUACGCCGGAAGAAGGAAGCGGAGAGCUGCUAUCCUUUGUGCCUCGAAAAUAUACCAUGCAGCAGGAUGGACGCUUAAAGAUUGUGAAGGUAGUUUGCUUCCAAAAACACUACAGCAUGGAGAAGUUCUACAUGUACAUUUUGGAAGUGACCCGACAUGGACAGCCGGUUCCGACGCACUUGUUCCGGUCCUACCGCGAGUUCACCGAGUUCCAUGAGAAGCUGUGCCUUCAUUUUCCGCUGGUUAAACUUCACAGCCUUCCUGCUGGCGUUCAUGUGGGUCGUUCCAAUAUCAAAUCCGUGGCCGAGAAACGUCUACCUCUUAUUCAGCGUUUUCUGAAAUCGCUGUUUGAUGCCUCCGAGGAAAUAGCCCACUCGGAGCUAGUUUAUACCUUCUUCCAUCCGCUGCUGCGCGAUCAGCAAGAAGCCAAGCUGGAAAUGCCAAAAAUAAAGGAGGUAAAGCGACAACCGUCGCGAGACAAUCCCAACGAGAUUGGCCAAAUUCGACUAUCGCUGCAAUACCAACGCGGCGUACUUACUGUGAUGAUACACCACGCCAAAGGGCUGCCCAUGCUACAGGGCGGUCAGGAGCCAAACACCUAUGUGAAGUGCUACCUAAAACCGGAUCCCAAAAAGGAGACCAAACGCAAGACCAAAGUAGUGCGCAAGACCUGCGUGCCCAGUUUUAUGGAAACGUUGGAGUACCGCAUGCCACUAAAUAUUAUCCAGGAGCGGCGACUGCAGGUCACCGUCUGGUCACACGACACCCUGCAGGAGAACGAACUGCUCGGAGGCUUCGAGCUGGAUCUAUCCAAGCACGAUUUGCGCCAGGAGCUCUGCGAUUGGCAUCGCCUGGGAACGGUGCCAAGAAACUGACAGGAUCAGAGCCAAAUGGGACACUCUGCCUACCGACAAUCAGGCCUAGGAUUAUAGCAAUACUAAUAUAUGUUUGUGCCUGUCUUCUUUCUAAACGCAAUAAUACUUACAUACUCGAAGUGAUUGUACAUUCCGUAUCUAUAUACAUAAUGAUAAAUAACUUAACUGACGGUAAAAGUGUUAUUUCUCUUAAUUAUUUGUUCCUUAAUUGUACAUAUUUAUCAUCAAUCAUGAACAUUAUACUCUCUAACACUUAUACUUUGGCAUGGCACAUAUAUGUUCUAUUCUGUUUUAAGAUUUGAAAUUAUAUAAGAUAUAAAAUCAAACACACUUGUACACUUGGGAAAAGGAGCAAAUUAAAAUAUAUAUUUAUAGUUAUUAGAUCAAAAAAUUCUUUCCAAGUAGGAAGUACUGUUCUCCCGAAGUAGAUUAUUAUUAUUCAGUAUUAUUGCAAAGAAUCUACUUUCAUGUUAGAACUGUUAGAGAUAAAAAUCACCAUCUAUUCUUUAUUUCUAUUCAGUUUACUGAGAACGAUUCAUUUAUACACUAUUUUGUUUUAAAAUGUGGAGAUUAGGAGGAAAUUUAUUUAGAAAUAUUAGCACAGAUAGAAAUUUUAUGCACAUUCUUCCUGUAAUCGUCAUUCAACAAUUUUAAAUCUCGCGAUGAGAUUGCGCCUUUGGCAAGCCUCUGUGUUUGGGUCUAACUUAAUGCAAUUCAACUAUUAUUUAAAACAAAUUUACAAACAAACGUAGCAACUAGCUAUCAGAGAGAACAAAAUACUAAAAGUGUCUUAAAGAAUUAAACGAAUAUUGUAAAUUAUGUCUAAGAGCAUAAGCCGCAAUGGAAAGAUUAUAUUUUUAUAGAUAUAUCGAUCGAGAACCUAAUAAAAAGCAUUUUAAGCUACAUCUGCCUGAGGAUUUUAAACAAGAUUUCUAUACUGACUAAACACUAUAACUUAGGUCUUUUGUAGAAGUGAUUAACAAAGCUUAUUGCAAAACUAAAAUGAAGCAAACCAUUGUACAAUUGAAUAACUUUCGGCACAAAUAUAUGGCAUAACAAAAUA